AGGAGUUGCCCUCUUCCAGCAGCAUCACGUUUAUGAUCACCUCAGACGAGAACGAUUGUAAAGAUAGACGUGAACGCUGCUCCUUAAUUUGAUGCAAAAUGCAACCGUUCUGAGCAGUGAAGCAUCACUUUGCAAUGCGGGGAUUGCUUUGAGCUAUCAGCAUCAACGCAUGGACCUGGUGCCCGUCGGCUGAGACAUCAUUUACGACCUGUGAGACCGACGAGGCGGGAUGGUGGAGCGGUCGGACCGAGCUCCUCUGCUGGACUGGGAGGAGGUUCCGUCCGCGGCACCGGUGGCAGCACCCUCCAAGGACCGACUGGCGAGCCCCUCCAGCAGCCGUGCCCCAUCAGGAUGCUCUCCGCCGGGGCUUGGGUGGAGCAGCGGUCCAGGGGGUCCCACUCCCAGCAGGUCUGUAUCCAACGCAGACGGCUGCAGCAGCACCCCACCCGCGACCUCCAGCAAGGAUGAAGCCCUGCUGUCCGACAACGAGGAUCACCUCUCGGAUUCAGGGUCGAGGGAGGUGUCGCUGGAAGACAGGAUGGUGAAAUGGGAGGAAAAGGACCAGAUUGUGUCGGUCUUUGUGGUUACAUUCAAUACCAGAUCAGGAAACAUGCUGGAGUGGUGUCUGCCCAAAGACAUGGACCUGGAAGGAGUGGAGUUCAAAGCCAUCGCCAGCGGCUCCCACCGAGUCACCACAGACUUCAUCUACUUCCGGAAGGGCUGCUACUUUGGCCUCGCCUGCUUUGCCAACAUGGCGGUGGAGAGCACAGUGGAGAGGGGUGCGAGGAUGAAGUCGGUGGGGAUCCUGUCUCCUUCCUACACCCUGCUCUACCGCUACAUGAGCUUUCUGGAGCACCAGGUUAGGCUCCAGCUUCAAUCCCCAGGCCACUACUCUCCCCUAGAGGCCUUUUACGAGGACAAGAGAGCACUACUGCCCCCCAGUGGUGAUGGUGUUGUUACUGCAUGUCCAGCCAAUGCCUGGGGAGCGGCUAUCAACCACUGCAUGCACCCUGAGAUGAAGAUCACCCACCCAGCUGGCUGUAUGUCCCAGUUCAUCCGCUUCUUUGGGGAGCAGAUCAUGGUGCUGUGGAAACUGGCUCUCCUCCGCAGACGCAUCCUCAUCUUCUCCCCUCCACCUGUGGGCGUGGUCUGCUACAGAGUGUACUGCUGCUGUUGCCUGGCAAACAUCUCCAUCCCCGGGAUCGGCGCAGCUGUGCCCGAGUUCCGUCCCUUCUUCUAUGUGAAUGUGGCCGACAUCAGCGCCCUGGAGAACGAGCUCUCCUACGUGGCGUGUACAACUGAGAAGAUCUUCGAGGAGAAGAAGGAUCUGUAUGAUGUGUAUGUAGACAAUCAGAAUGUAAAGACCUGCAGGGAAGGCCUGAAGCCUCUGCUCCGCCUCAGCACCGCAGACAGGGAGAAAUAUCGCAAACUCACUGAACAGAGGCAGAUGUUGCUGUACUCCCAGGAGGAGAAUGGAGACUGUGUGUCCAGUGAAGAAGAUCUCUUUAUCCUGUUUUUCCUGGAGCAGAACAACAGGAUUUUCCAGACCCUCGGCGAGGUGGCAGGGAGCCCCGAUCCCACGCUGACCCAGGAGAGUGUGAGGGCCAUGGGUCUGGAUCCCCACGGAGACAGGCUCUUCCUGCUCCACCUGCUGGAGAUCUAUGGCUAUGACACCCUGCUGGUGUCAGAGCAGCUGUGCUGCAGUUGAGAGAUUAUGGACAGCUGGCUUUCCGCCUUUGAUCACUGCUGGUUUUAAAAAGGGGGUUGAUUUGCCUCAAGCUAACGUCAAGUGCUGCACUACUGGCUUCUUGGAGUCUUCAGGACUGUUUGGAAUUUCUCUGAAAUCCCUACCUGUCGAGCAGUGUACAGAAGGAGGACCGCAGGUUCAGACCGGGUGACAACAGACCACAUCUGUUGC